UUUUUUUUUUACUCCUGCGCACUUUGUUCGUGUCUCCAUAUUGGCUCAUGAUAGUAUAAAAUACAAUUAGUUACUUGUUUUAUAGUUAAUUCAUUCUAGUGUCUACAAUUUCAAGACCUCUUCUUGGUUGGGCUCUCUCUUUCUUCGGAUUCCAUUGCACAGCCAAUGCAAUUCAAUUAUGCACAAGUACUUUUGAAGGUCCUUUUUACUGCUUGCUUUUGGUCAGACGAAGAUCAUGGUGCAUUGAUCUUUGUUUGUUUACGGGCAAUGGACUUGGUCGAGGAUGAUCAGUCUCUAGAGUCGUUUAUGAAUCUAGUGACUGAAUUUUGUGCUCAAGUAGGUGGAGGGCAAAAUGCAACACCCAACUGUUAUGAUGACACUGGGUUUACUGGUGGUACAAAACGUUCGAUGGUGCAGCCAAGAUUGCAAACCAUACAACAAAGCCAAGAUCGGAUGCCUUCUACGUUGGAAUGGCUCUGUUAUCCAAUUGAAGUGUCUGUAUCAAAUAAAAUAGUCCUACCCAAAGUGCAAGUCAUGAUCGUUGUCCUGGUGAUGGCAUUAGUUGUGAUUCUGGUCGUGUGUUCAUGGAUAUUAUCGAUUAUAGUGUAGUUACUUAUUAUUAUAGUUAUGUAGUAUAGUUAUGUAGUAUAGAAUAUUUGUAGUGAUGAAAUAAAAUUAUGAUUUCAAUAGUA